GUACUUGUUCAGCACCUUUUUUCAAUGUUGCGGUACUUAUUGUGUGCUGUAUGUAAUGCGUUAGUGUUACUUACACCGUUAUCGUGCAUUAUUCCGGAGAAUAUGAUGUCAGAAUCUAUAAAGGUUUAAAGAAUUAGUUCUGGGUUAUCGCUGUUACCGCAUGCAAGCUGAAGUUUUCCUUCCCGUAAUUCAACAUUGACCCUGGGAUGUCAAGCCAUCAUUCACUUAGCCCUCGGAAAAGCUGUUGUAAACAAAGCCAUCCUAAUAUUAGAAGGCAUGAACAUUCAUGUAAUUCAGAGAUUAUCGGUGUAUCCACUAGCAGCGAAAUCGAUAGUAGUCAUAAUUCAGAACCUGAAAUUAUUGAAGAUAAACCUCCUAGUCCUUUGUCACUUCAACAAGAUGGUGUUUUUUCCUUAGUUCAAAGCCCACCUUUUGAAAAUGAUCAGUUGGAUUCUGUUUCUCCCGAAAAUCAGCUUUCGAAUCUACUUAUUGAUUCAAAGAACCAAACAUUAAUUAAUCUAUCAGAAAUUAAUUCCACUGAUACUGACCAAAGACACGAACAUGUUCCUAUCACAAAUGUACGGAAUCCUAAUCUGCAAAAUAUGACUUCAUCAGAAAGAGCAAAUUCAGUCUCUGGUGAUAUAUCAAUUCCAAACUGUCCAGAUGUAGUGAAAAGUUUUCGAAAACCCAAAUACAGUCCACGUGAUAACGUUUCACAACAGCCCACUACGGAUUCCGUCGCUGAUUCAACUAUCGGAAGCUCCGACCCUGUCUUUUCUUCGACAGCCAGAGAAACUAAUUUAUCAUUGAUAGCAUCCAGGAAAAGUGUCAAAGAACUUUAUGGCCAACCAAGUUGGUGGGGUGAUGGUGACAGCGACUAUUCCUAUCCACACACUUCGUCUUUUGGAAAUCAAGAAACUGUACAUCCUGUAGUUGCUUCACGCAAAUACAGUAUGAAAGCGGAUAUGAAUUUAACAUCUGAGGAAAAUUCUACUCGACCUCCUGCUGAAGCAUUUGUUAUAGAUUUUGGUUCUUCAAAACCUCGUUUAGAAAGACCUGCAUCAUUAUCUGGUAGUCUUAGCCAAUGUGUCCCUUUGAAGCUUCGUCAAGGUUUAGAUGAAAGGGAAAGGAGGAAAAAGGAGAAACAAUUAGAAGUUAAAAAGCAAUCUAUAUCCGGAAUGGUAAAUAAGAAUACAGUGACUACCAUGUCAAAUUCAAAAUCCAGUACUACAACAAUACAAAGUAGAACAAAUAUAAACGAAAUUCAGAAGAUCCGUUCUCGUGGUGCAUCAUUAUCGACUAAAGGUUCUACAGUACGUACUAAUACUGCUACUUCAAACAUCACCAGCAAUGUCACCGCCACAACGACAACUACUACAUCUGGGAGAUCAUCCAGUACAACCAUAAACAAGAAACCUCAAGUCACUAUGACAAAAUUAGACAAGCGAAUAACUAGUAAACCUGAUUCAUCGUUACGUACAGGACGAGUAGACUGUGCAACGAAUCUCACUUCUAAUAGUACAAAUGCUUCGAGAUCUAAUCUUACUGAUCGUUCUAGAGGAAGAUUAUUUAAUCAAACUAACAACAAAGAACCUACACAAUCAAACAGAACAAAUGUUAAACCUCCAUUUUCAGUUGGUGGACGUCGAAUUUCCGCCGGUGCUGCAUCACUAACAAGUCAACGUACAGCUCCUAGUCAAUUAAAUCGAUCCAAAAUCUCAGUGGUAACACGUGGUUCAUUACACUUGUCGACUACAGGUUUAACAGAUUCACGUUCUAAUCUACGUGGGGCAUCGUCUGCAACUAGACAGUCAACUGUACAACAUCGUGGCGUUAAUCGUAGCUUUAUGACACCGACAACAAGUUCCGAUGCAAAACAAGUAAAAACAAGAGAAUCUAUUCGUUCAAUGCCAAAUGAAAGUCCGAUCUCUUCAUCGCCUAAAUGCGAUUCUCGUCGAACAUAUGAAUCACCUAUAGGGAAUAGUGCUAAAAAACCUAUAACAAGUACAUUUUUACGUCGUGGAACUACUCAAGGACGUAUUGGUAUCGGUCGUAAAUUAUCUACUGAUAAUAUUAAUCAAUACUCGAAUUCUAAUAAAUCUUCAUCAUGUAUUUCUGAUCGAAUAGCAUCUGUAGUUUCUACUAUUGAAGCUUACGAUGAUCCAAAAGCUUAUUUAUUCUAUCGAAUGUUUCAAGGCGUAGAAGAGAUUGAAACUACAACAACUGAUGGUAUAUUUCAAGCAUUUUCACCGUAUUCAUCAGUAGAUUUUCAAAAACAAUUUUCACCUGAAUUCAAUGAUACAAAUGAACAAUUAAAUUAUCAUUUACGUAGUUAUGGAAUCGAUGAAACUUUUCCGAAGUUUCAAACUAAUUCGAAUGUACAAAAUAAAUAUUCUGAGAUACUUCUUUCGAUUGAUGAUGUAGAAACACCUUAUCAAGAUCUCCCUUCUCAUCAUUCUGACUUAACAACCAUAUCAACUUCAAACAGUAGGACAUUACCAACAAAAACUCCAGUGUAUUUAUCAAAAUGUUACAAAAAUGAAGUCCCUACAAGUCAAACUCAAACUAUUGUGAAAUCUUCAACUGUAUCCAAUAGUAAAGUUCACUGUACAACACAUGAGAAUGAUGAUACAACAAUGGAUCCAACAUUAAAGUCAAUGAACUUAUCCAUGUUUGUUAGUACUUCUGUCACUAGUCUAGCACCAAGUCAAACAGGAACUUAUGUAAUUGAUGGAGGAGAUGGUAUCGAUGAUGACAAUGACGAUAAUAAUAAUAACAAUGCAAACCGAGAUUUCUUACAGCAUUCCAAUGAGCAAAAUAUUCAUUUAUCUAAAGAUAAUGACUUAAUAACACCUCGUGGCAGUCCUAAAGGAGAUAUUACAGCAAAGGGUGAACUACUGAAUCGUCGAUCUACCAAUCAUUUAUCAAAUAACCAACAAACAAAACAAUUGCCACAGUAUGAAAAAGAUUUUGAGAACUCCAUGUUACCUGUUGAACAUGUACAAACACUUACAGCGCAUCACCAGUAUUCUGGAAAUAAACGAUUGAAUGAUUCCAUUUCUACAGUAGAUUUAACUAAAACCCCAUCAAAUGCGAAACCUUUAUGCAUAACUAGUUCAACUGUAUGUCUUACUGAAACUCAUGACAAUAAACUACAGGAUACUAAAAAUAAAAAAGAUGUUUUAUCACAUUUAAUCGAUAACUUGGAAGAUUCUGAUCAUGUUGGGACCUCGUUAACUAGUUUAACACCAAGUCAUACAGGUACUUAUAUUCUUGAUAUAGAUGAUACAUUAAUUGCACAAGGUGUCCUACCUGUUAUUAUUCGUAGCCAUGAAACGUUGGCUUCUUCAGUAACAACAAUCGAUUCUGGUCUAAAUAUUGAAUCAACGAUGAAUACACAUGGCGUCAUUGUAGAAAAUAUUACACCCAGAGGUAGUCCCAUUUCAAAAGAGAAAUUACGGCAUAUUGUAGAAAAUGAUAAUGAUGAUGAAAGCAGAGACAACAACGACCUGAUGCUGGUUACAUCUAAUGAAAGCGGUAGACCAUACAAUGUGUCAUUUGAUAAUUGUGAUAAUGAAUUAGCUGGACAAUUUACAAUGGAGUCUCUAAGAGCUGAAUUUGAAGAUACGUAUAAAUCACUCCCAUCACCUAAUCAAUUUCUUUGUGGUGCUGAUAGUAGUGAUAACAGUAUGAAUAUUGUGGAAUCCUCAACACUGCAAUCAGAAUCUCGUAAAUCACAAAUGAAAACCCUGAAUGAACAUUCUGUACAAGGAAAAGAAUCUAAUCGAACAAUUCCAUUAGUGAAUACAUCAAAUAUUACAUUACAACAUAUAAAUUGUUUUGUUAAACCUAAAUCAAUUAAUUAUACGGAGGUUUCAGGAUCUAAUCAUCUUCAAAAUGAUCUAAUCACUAAGCAAAGCAUGAUUAAUCAUACAUAUACUCAUAAAGAUGAAAAGUAUCCCAGUGUUCAUAUUCCCCCAAAUGAUGGAGUUUCUCUUCCAACAACGGUUAGCCUGAAAUUGCCUGAUAGUUCUUCGUCAAAAUCUUCUUCAUCAAACAAUCCAUCUACAUCAUCUUCAUGUUCAAACCAUAUUUUGAAGUACAACAGAGAAGUAACCGAUCGAUUAGAUUUAAACAAUCAGGACAUUGGACAUUUUAAUUUAAUGCAUAAUUUGAAUAAUAAGAAAAAUAACAACAUGAAUGAGCAUCAUUUGGCUUAUAAUUUUUAUACAGGACGAAGAUAUUCAGACAAUUAUGAACAUUCGAAAUUUUUGUCUCAAAAUAAUAAUAAUCUCAUUCCUUCUACAACUGGGAAUCCGUUAUAUAAUGUAUCUGAGACUAUUGGUAAUCAUUGUCAUAUCACUAUUAGUAAACGUCAAGAUAAUACAACAAUUACAAAUUUACAGUCAUUAAAUAACAAUAGUAAUUGUACAAAAAUAACAUCGACUACACCAUUUUCAUUAUCAUAUCAUGAUCCAAAUACUAUGAAUCAAUUAUUAACAAGAUUGAAUUCUAUGCCUGCUACUCACUAUUCUCGACCUGAUCAAUCCCGAAAUAUGAUUCGUACACAUUCAUGCAGUCGUGGAAAAUCUCGAUAUCAUUCACAUGGAUCAGCAUCUGUGCCAGAUCCAGCAUCUCCUGUUCGUUCAUGGUCAUCUAUAUCUUCCGGAACUGAGCACAGUUUAACAAAUCGAAUUAUUUGUAAAUCCCGUAAACAAUUGAAUGAUCAAACUGAUUCCGGUUUUAUUGAAACCAGAUAUUUAAUGAAAACAUUGAAUACAAACAAGCCGUUGCCACAGGAUUCCAGUUCAACAUACCUCGAAAAGAAGUCUGAUCAUUUUCUCAAUUCAUAUGAUUAUAAUCGUACAACAAAUUUAUCGCAAUAUAAUGAAGAUAUAAAAUCUAAAAAAUCAAAUGAAAUCGAUUCACGAACAUAUACACGUCGAAAACAUUCUCGUUCUAAUGAUCAGGAUGAUCCGCAGAAAUAUUUGACUACGUUAGAUGCUGAAUCUUAUCAAACUUGGGUAGCUCGAAUGUCCGAACUUGCUCAAGGUCUUAAUAGUCUGGCUAAAGAACCGCUAUUUCAAUCCGAUGGAAGUUGUAGUGAAGAGAAUAAAAAUGAAUUUCAACCGAUAAAUAGAUUGUAUCCAGAUGUUAAAACAAUUAAUUUACGAUUAAUAAAUGAUAAUUUACAAACUAUGCCUACAUUACCAGAUAGUACUACAGAUCCAGGUCUAUCUGAAAUUGUUGAAUGUUCCGCUUUCACUACACCAUUACCUCAUCGUACAUUGGAAACAAUGUUAUCAGUUGCUCCUGAAAAUUUAUCAAAUUAUCAAAAAUUUCCUCUUAAUAAUACUAAGAAACUAAAUAUUCCUACUGUACAAAAUGGUAGAGAUGAAAAAUUUACCGAUUUUAUUUUAUCACCUCAAUCAUUCCAAUUAAGUCCAAAUUUUGAUCCAGAUAGUUCUGAUCCAAAUGAAUCUGCUAUUUACUAUUCACUCAUGGUCGAUACAAUUCGGUAUCUGUCUAUAAAACUACGUCAAUUCUCCGAUAAAUUAGCCUAUCGAUUAAGUUAUAAUCAACAACAAGCUAACGCGAGUGGUAGUAAUACUACUGAAUUAAGUAGCCGCUAUGUAUCAAUACAACAAAAUCCAGAUGAUGUACAAUCAUCAACAAAAUAUGCCUUACAUGAUACAUUUGAAAAUAUGAAAGCAGUUAAUCAACAACUUCAAGUGGUUGGCAAAUUGUUGUUUUCUAAAAAUAAUGAUAAUAUUACCAAUGAAUUAAAUCAAAUAGAAAAUGCUACAAGUUGUGAAUAUCUACAUAAAUUGGAACAAUUCAAUCAAGAACUAUAUCGUUUUAUACCAAUUGAACCGGCAAAUAUUCAUCAUCAUCCCAACACUAAUACUACUAUAUCAACUACUGAUAAAUUUAUUCAAAUCCCAAAUACAAAUUUACAAUCAGUAUUAACUGACGAACAACAGUCAAACUUUCUUAAUAAAUCUACUAGUGUUAGUACCAAUCAAGUAAUGAUGAAUACAACUUCUGCAUUGAAUACACACUUCACGAUCGAUGACAAUACUAAUACUAUUAAUAAUAAUAGUAGUACAUCUAGACCUCUUUCUCAUCCUUUCACUUCUACAACUACCACUACUACUACUACCACGAAUACUACUGUACACUCAUCCAAUAUCCAUGUUAUCUCUGUGACUGGAAAGUCAAAUGAUAACAUGAUCAAUAAACAAGAGUUAUUAGAAGAUGAAUACUACUGAUCAUAAUAGUAAUAAUAGUAUUGUUAGUAGUAAUAGACUACAAUUGGAUUCUAUCAACUGCCGUAUUAUCACCUCUGUUUUUUUGUGUUACAUUAUUUCCUUCCUUUUUGGAGGGUGUGGGGGGCAUGUGAACUUUAUGUAAUCACGAAUAAAUGAAAAUAAAAUCCGGUGUGUAUGAUGUGCAAUAUUAUGUAAUCGAUUAAUCUAUGUGAACUAUUAUUUAUAAUUUUGCUUCUUUCAUGUAUUGUCAUCUAUUUUUUAUUAUUUUGCUUAAAUGUUUUCAAUUAUUAGAAAUAUUUAUAAAAUAUAACCCUAAGAGGUUUCUCUUCCCUUUCAAAGAAUUUACACCAAUUAUCUAUCGCAUAUAUUUGAUUCUAUGUGCUUUCACAAUUAUUUUUGUGUCCUUAUUGUUUACCCUUCGCUGCCCCCCCCCGCUGCACCUAUACACCUCACCGCCAUUGGCCUUCUAUUGAUUAUUUUAAACAAUGUAAUAUACCUGUGUAUAUUUUUUGUUUACAGAAAGAAAAGUAAUCUAAAUGAUAUAUAAUAUUUAUUGUUUAUUUGUUUGUUGAUUGAUACUCUUCCGUUUAUUUUUUUUCUCAUUUCUUACCUACAUAUUUAUUUUUGAUUUCUUUUUUUUUCUUGGGGGGUGGGGAUUUCUUCUUUUCUUUUGUAUGUUGUUGUUGUUGUUUGGUUCAUUUGUUGUUUUAAUUAUAACAAUGCUAUUGUUUACAUUAUGAACUAUGACAACCAUUGAAUAACUCUUGAGCAAAUGCUUCAUUCUAGUUUAAUUAUGCACUACUACUGUGGGGGGGGUAAUCUUAAUCUAGGACGAAAAACACCUAUUCUAUUCAAUAAUUCCCAGUUAUCAGUAAUCAUUUUGCUAUGUUUCAAUCAAUGAACGAUAUGUUAAUCUCUUUUUUUUUCUAAAUUAAACACAAUCAUCAUUAGAAUAAGAAAAAAUUCUACCAUCUGAGUUUUCACCUUCACUGAAUGAAUGUAUUAAGAGUGAAUAAUAUCAUUCACCUAUCUUACUCAUUAUCAUUGUUCGUGGUGGUGGUGGUGGUGGUGAUAUAUCUUCACUACUUCAGUAUUUAUUACUAUUUUUACUACCCUCCCCUCCACCCCCUCAAAAAAAUGACUUAUUCCCUUUUUUUAAAGAUCAAUCAUCUACCGUGUACAAUAUUAAAUAAAUCAAUGAUGCGAUAGUUAUCAUUUAUUUAUUGUUGUCUAUUCUUUUGUUUAUCGAUUUAUUGAUUUAACUGUGCAAAUAUUAAUUUUUGUCUGAUGUUUUUUUUUUAUUUUCGAUCUAUGUAUUAUGUAAUUUUAUUCUGUUCUUGGUCUAUUAAUCAAUUAGAGUUACUGUACAGAAAUAUAAUCAAUUUAAAAGAUGAAAUAUGAAUCAUUGAAAUGUUUACUUUCCCUUACUCUUCUCCUCCACACACACACCCCGCACACACACACACACACACAAUGCUAUUUGUAUAUCUGUACACAUAGGUGAUUAUAUGAAUUUCCUUUUUUAUGUCAUAAUACCCUAUUGUUGCCUGUUUGAUUUGUUUUUUUUUUAAUUACCAGUUUGAUUAUUGUAAUUGUUAGAUACUUCAUAAAUUUGAAGUUUUUUUUUUCAUUUUACAUCCAUAUUCUCUUUCCCUAUGAAUAUCUUUCAACUAAAUUCGGAAAGUAAUAGAUAUACAAUUUGUUUUUUUUUG